CCCAUGGAUAUGUGACUCUUUGCCAUCGCUUAUGCGAUGUACAACAAGAAUUACAGUGUUGACCAGCUGCAUGACUUGACCAAGAUCGACAAGUGGUACCUCUACACAAUAGACAAUAUCGUUCAAACAAGCAGGGCUACUAAGACAGUUGGCUCUGGUUCAGAUCCUGACUCAAGUAAAUGUCACUACUCCCUCGAAUGCAUCAACCCAGCAGCUUGGCCAGUCACGAAAGACCGCCUGAUGCAAGGAUGCAUGCGAAUACGGAAGCUGGGCUAUGGACACUCAGCGUUAAACAAAAGGGAUGAGUCUUUACAACAGCAUGCUCCUCGGCUAAAGGCAAAAGGUACCCGCUCACAGUAUGAUGGUCAUCUGGUGCGGGGACGCCGGUUCCUUGCAGACGUGUUCGAGCAGAAGAAGACUUCUCAGACAGUGGAUGGCACUCACACACAGGCUGAUGGCGAACUCGUUGAUAUUGAUGCCUAUAGCCAUGCAUUCGACGACAUCCCCAACCAAUACUCUGCACCUGCACUCGAGCUCUUCCUGGUCCAGAAGGGAUUGACGGAGGGGCGUAGUCUCAGCACAACAUGGGGCAUGUUCUCGGCUUUCAAUGAUCUGUGGAAGAAUGCCCAAGGGGAGACCUACCGAGAGCCCUACCACUUCAACCCAGCAACUGGCAUAGUUUCCUGGAAACCCGGCACAAAUAACGAGGGAGCAGAAGGUGGCUGUAGGAACCAUGCAUCUGCCAUGACGAUCGAGGAUAUGCGGAAGAUUAUGGCAUGGUCCUACAAGCAGUGCCCGGAUGAGCUGAUCAGUCUCAUCUACUCCCAAGUUCAAAGUGGGUUGCCCCUUGAUAUGGAUGAGGUGAUUUCAGCCCAGAAGCACCUUGUGAUCCGUGCGUUCACAACCACAGGCUUUAUGAUUUGGACACAGAAUUUUGAGCUUACAAAAAUCAGAUGUAAAGACGUGGUUUGGAACUGCCAGGGACUCCCACCAUACAACAUCCCUUACGACUUAGUGAGCCUGCUCAAUCGCAAAGGCUGGCAGCGAAAAGGCGAGACUGAUGGUGCCUUAGAAGAACGGCUGCUAGGCUGUUCUCUAGUACUGUCUUUGAAGAAUCGUCGGCUCUCGCUACCAUUUGGUGGUGGGGUGCAUGGGCCUGAAGGUGAAAGCGUCGAUACACUAAUACGGUACCUUCUGGAUGAGCUCACUCGGUACGAAAAGAACCACAGGGAUGCAUUGUGCCCCAUUCCUCGGGAGGGCGACAAGAUUUUCAAUGGCAACCAUAUCAUAACUGCACCUGUGACGGCGGCGGAAACACGGGAACUGAAGAUGUCAUUUGAUCGCGAGCUGACCCGGCUGUCUGGCAAAGUCGAGGAGGUCCUGGACAAACUGACCCUUACCCCACCGGUAUCCUCAUCCUCCUCGCCAUCACCUCCGCCAUCACAAUUUCCUCAGCUCUCGAUCUCGACUCCCAUCCCUUCCCUGCCAUCUCCAUUGCUGUCUCCACCACCUGCACAGCCCCUACAGCAGACACCAUCUCAUGAAGCAUCGCACGAGCCCCUCUCGGGGAGUUAUACAACAUCAUCGGCAACACACAAUGUGUUGGCCGUGAACUCGCAACUGUCUCCUGCACCCCUGUCAUCUGCCGCCAUACAGAUACGCCAGGCACAUCAGCACAGCACCCACCAGCACACCACAGCAACAAAAAAAAACGCUCCCAUUCCUGGCAUUGGAAUUCCGGAUCUUCCACGUGGGCUAGAGGCAUGGCGUGCUGCUGUGAAGCAGUGGGAAGACCCUGCAGCUUCUAUUGGAGGUAAGGCCCUCAAGGAUUGGCCGGAGGAGUGGUAUACUGGUCCCAUGUGCACGAUAACUGGCGUGAAGCGGAACAUCUGCAAGGUGAUCGCCACAGAGUUCUACCAGCUGCAUGGGGAUGAUAGAGUGUUUCUGGAGGAGUACCCUGAAGCAAACCGUGGUGCCAAGCCACUUUUCGACGCAAUCCAGCAUAAACAUGAGGGACGCGGGGAAAUCACUGGACGAGCGAGUAAGAAUGGCCGGCCAGAAGUCAGAGCAUCCACCUCACGCUGAGAAUCACACUGCAUCAUGCCCUCAAAACGCACCACAUUAA